CGACUAAUAUAAAGACAAGCACACCACCACACUCUCACAUGAUCAUUUUUGAGUUCACAGCUUAGAUGAUGCUGGUAAAAAGUGAGUACGUGUACAUUACGUUAAUAAAGAAUGCAUUGUUACUUUGUAGGGACCACAGAUCUUUGGUGAAACUUAGUUUUUUUUUUUAAAUUCGCAUUUACAAAGAAUACUGAACCGAUUUUAAAACCUUGGCUUUAAGAAAUAAAUAGAUAAUUGAGCGAAUGUUCAUUUAACACAGGCUGUCUCACAUCACUUGAUAAAUAUUAUUUUGGGAUUGGAACAUGCAACAAAUUUAUAAAAUAUUAAAGAAACAUACAGCACACCCUAAAUGCCAGAAUGAUCAAUUCAUUGAUCGUGGGCCCUUAAAAUAAAGAAGAAGGAGAAGAAGAAGAAAUUAAUAGAUAACUAUGAAAAUUAUUUAACUUAAAUAAAUAUAUGUGUAUAUGUGAGUAGCGGAGUUUAAGUGCACCCUGGACGCGCCAAUAAGAUUCCAAAAUAAAGAUAAUAAAUUUAGACUGAAAUAUUACAUUUGAGCCAGAGUCCUUAAGUCAGAUGAAAAAAAAAACCUAUAAGAGGACUCUUGAACAGAAAGGAAACUACUGCAAAAAUACAAUCAAUGUUUGCUUUUUAAAAAAAUCUCAUCUUUUGGGACAAUAUUCAAACGAUGCAUUCAUUUUUUUUUUUAAUUUAUGUAUUUAAUUUAUAUUUAUUUUAAUAAAUAAUAAUUUUGACCGGCUAUUAUAAUACUAGAAAAUAAUUAUCGAGAUAGUAAUGGCAUGCAUUUUGUAUAAUAUUUCAAUCUGCCAUUUCGAAAACUAAUCACAAUGUCGUAUGUUAAAAAGAAGUAUCUUUCCCAUUCUAAUUACGUAUCUAAAAUCAUUAUGAGCUUUAAGAAGUAUUUUUCUAGCAUAAAUUUUACGCCUACCUUAUAUGUUUUAUAAACAUGACUUGAAAUAACCAAAUCUAUAUGAUCCAUAAUUAAAUCAUUAUUGACACUAAAGGAGUUCAUUGGUGGCCUAUGUCUACGCUAGAGAAACACUUCAGGUGCGAUGUGUUUCUAAUUGUUAAAUGUUGGGUCUACAAUAGCAUUUUUCGUUAUAUUUUUAGUCUAUAAAUUGUGAAAACUUAAUGUUAAUUUUAUAAUAAAAACUUUAUCUAUCAUUUUAAAUAAAUUUUAUAUUAACGCAAUUUGAUAAAAUUUUAUCUUUAUAAAAAAAUUAGCCAAACUUUCGUAAGUUGUGCGCACGCUUGCAAAAGUUUCUGAAAAAGUACAACAAUUUUACACUAUUCGGUUAGUUGCUUGAGGCCCUAAAUUUGUUUUUUCCUGGUAUACUCUAUACUAGUAAAACUGCAGAUAGAAUCUUUAUGGAGAACAAAUUAAUAACUAGAUUUGGUACGUUGUCUCCAUAUGGAUUAAACCAAAUCCAUAGUUUUACUUAGCUGCCAUGUCUUUUUCCUGUUUGGUUUUUCCAAUUAUGUUAAAAUCACUUCCUUUCUACUUCUCUUUACUUUGUUUUUGUCUGGUUUUAGCGCCCUCUCCUAUAUUUUUUCUGUUUUAGGUAGGAUUUGUAUAUUGAUAUUAUGUAAAUUUAAUUUAUACUUAUUUAAAUGUGUUGUGUUUGUUUGUACUGAUGAAGGCAUGUGCCGAAACGUUUAAUUGUGUAUAAUGUAUAAUCAUAAUUAAAGCUAACUCAUAUUGUUCUAUUGACACAAUUUGUUCGUGUCUUAUUAAUCUAUUUUAAAGCUUUAUCGCAGUCCAACACUUUUUAUAAUUGUUUUUUCCUAUAUGAGCUAUUUGAAUAUAUAUUUCAAAAGAGAUAUUGCAUGGGUGGGCGAAAUUUAGUUAAUGUCAUUUGGUAUGUUUCAUAAUUUAGUAGUUUUCUGAAUUUGUAAAACCAUUUUAAAAUAUUCCAUUUUGGGAUGGGGACCUUAAAUCGUUAUUUUGAAAAUCUUAUAUGAGCAAUUUAAUUAUAAUUUCCUUAUGCGUUCAUAUACGAUUCAUUCGAUUGCGAUAAAACUUUGGUGAGUUUUUGUCCGGGCGCUAACAACAGUUUCUAAAUAAUAAUAAUCAUAAUAAUAAAGUGUAUUUCAAAAACAUGCUUCAUCCCCAAAGACUCGAAGCGCGGUACAAGAGUAAAAAAACUAUAAUUUACCACAGUUAAAACAAACGCAACACUACAAAAACUAAUUACAAGCAUACAAUGUCAAAGUCUUUCAACCCAUUUCAACCGGGUACAAAUAAGUACAUCCAUUAUACACUAUUCCGUUUGAAGCCAGGGGCCCUACACUCUUUAAAAAAAAAUUAUAUGACAUUUUGAAAUAUAAUUUCAAAUAAAGCUAUUGCAUGGGUGGAGCAAUCGCUAGAAAUGUGUGGAAUAAAUUUUGAAACUCCAUGCUCCUCAAAUGGACACUUGUAUAUGGCCAACUCACGCGCCUAAAAUCCUUCUAAGUUAUUCGUGUAUGCACCAGAAGAUAAAACUAAUAAUCUUGUCUAAAUAAAAAGUACUUGGAAAAAACAUUAUUAAAAUUCAAACACCCUUUUUUUUUUUUGAGUGGCAUUGCAAUGCAUGCUGGGUACCCACUCGCUAUUUUUAAAAGAAGAUAUGACGCUGUACUGCUUGUAAAUAUUGGAAGACAUUUAAUUAUAAGUAUUAUAACCAUUAAUCUGAAAAAAAAAUGAGCUUCCUUCUCUCUAUGGCCUUUAUAUUUUUUUUACAAAGAGGAAAAACUUAAAUUAGGUCAGAGUUAUAGAAAAUCUCUAACCCUGUUUUUUCACGCCACUGAACUAUAUUUUUAGAGGUUCAAAAAUAAAAAUUCAGAUUAAAAUUUAACGCCUUGAAUUGAAAAUUUAUUUAGCAAUAAAUAUGUUCAUAAUUUCUUUCUUUUUAUACUUAAAAUCUCAUUUUGCCAAAUAUUUAAAACCAACUUUCAAUGUAAACACAUUUUAUGGUCAUUAAUAUUUGCCCUCCUUUUUGCUUGCCCCUGAUCUGUAUGUUCGCUUAAACUCUUAAUAUCCGUAGUUUUCUUUACUUUCCCUUUCCCCAUUUCACAUUUUUUAUAUGUGUAUCUUAUGUAAGUAUGUCUAUAAGAGUCGACAUUCUUAAACCUUUAAUGAAAAUCUAAAAAAAAUUUUAUAAAGCCCGUAGUACCAUAUGAUUUAAAGAUUCUGUCAUGUACCACCCUCUUUCGUCCUAAAAUGUAUUUACUGAAAAUAAUUAGGCACACUAUUUUUAAAUCUAUAUGUUUCCAGUUUGAUACAAAAUUUGAUUUUAGAUAUUGAACUGCCUAUACUUAUCAUAUGGUGCCACCCACUUUUUGAACUAAUACGUGUGGCUUGAGGCGAAAUGAGAAAAAUAUCGCUGAACAUCCCCCAAAUUUUUCUCCCGAAAACAACCUAACGUUUUAAUAAACAUGAAUAAAAUAAACUGGGAUCGACAAAGUUAUGGACGUCAAUAAGAAAGUUGUGCAGCUCCUUGCUAUUAUUUAUUAAAUUCUAAUUCCUGUUCCUACUUUUAUAACUGAACUUAUUGCAUUUUAUUUUUUUUUUAUUUUUUUUUUUUUUUGGGUGGUGGGGGAUGGGAAUAUUCAAGGCAUAUUUAGUUUAUUUAUUGAGAAAUGAUUUAUAAGUCGCAUGUGUUUUAUUUAUUAAAUUCUAAUUCCUGUUCCUACUUUUAUAACUGAACUUAUUGCAUUUUAUUUUUUUUUUAUUUUUUUUUUUUUUUGGGUGGUGGGGGAGGGGAAUAUUCAAGGCAUAUUUAGUUUAUUUAUUGAGAAAUGAUUUAUAAGUCGCAUGUGUUUUUUGUUUUAAUUUUAAAAUGUUGUAUUUCUUAAAAUAUUAAUUUAUUUUUAAGUUCAAAAUGAAUAUGUACAACGUAUCUUUUUAAAAAGUUCCAUCUUUUUUUCGAGAAUCAAUAAUCACAUGUUAUAGUAUCUAUAUUUAUAUAAAAAUUAUAACCAAAGCUUAAAUAUCAAUUUUCAUCGGAUUUACGAGAUAUUUAUAUAUUGAAAUGAAGCCUUAGCCCAACAUUUUCCUUUCUCUUGAAAUGUGAAUACAGAAAUUUUCAAAAUGCACAGUUCACACUUUUAGUUUAAAUAUUCACUAAUAUUUGCGUCUCUUUUUUUUGUCUUUGAAAACUUCAUCAACUGCAUGAAAACAAUUCAAAGAUCAUGACGCUUAGCUAUCAAAGUCUCUAAGUUUAUAAAAAGAGAACAAGAAAACCAACAUCAAAAUACCAAUAAAAAAAAAGCCAAUGGAAUUAAAAAAAACAACAUUAAUAUAUUUAUAUGAACGCAAUAGUCUUUUUUUUCCGUAGGUCAUUUUAUGUCACUAAGACGUUGCUUUUAUAAACCUUCAUUGGUCGAACACUAGAGUAAAAAAUAUCCAUGAAACAUUUCAACUCCCAUUUUAAGGUUUGAAAUCCAGAACAGUGAUUGAGAACGGGACGACUGGAGUACCUAAGUGGGCGCAUAGAUAUAGGUGGUUAACAAAUUACAGAAUGUAAGGUUCAGUUUCGUGGAAAUGUUGCGCUUAAAAUCGGAAUAUUUUGAGGAAAAGAAAAAUUUGCUGGUUCGGGAAUAGAGGUGAAUAUUUCUUAAAAAAUAUGAGACAAUAAAUGCGUAUAUCUAUGUAUAUAUUUACCGGGUUUGAUCAGGUUAUGAAAACAACUAACUACCACAGGCUUCGCAAUUUCCUCUCGCGAAACCAUAAUAUCAUUUUACUUCAAUAGAAGAAUGAAAAAAAGUUAAUAGGGAUAUGUUUUUUUAAUAAAUAUUUUGACAUUAAAAUGAAAUAAAGACGAAAUUAAAACGCGUAUCAAUAAAUACCAUGACAUUUUAAAGUAUGCGCAAAAAGUAUUUCUGCAACUUGAAAGCGUAAGUGCAUGUGUACAAUGUGAACAACUGUAGCUGUCACGUGUACCAAUAAAUAAAAUAAAUUAAUUGUAUAACGUCCAUUGUUUGGAUAUAUGUCUCUCGACGUUGACUGAAGUAUUCAUAAUGGACGAGAGAAACUACAUAUGUGGUUAUUAAUAAUAUGAUUAUUUCUUUAUUUUCAGUUUUCUUUUUUUAAAAAUAUUUUUAUUAAAAAAACACAUUUAAAAUAUAACUUUAAAACAACAUAUGCAUACAAUUUUUUAAAUUUGCAGAUGUCAAAGCCAGCGUACAUAUUUUUGCUUGUUGGAAAAACCGGAGUUGGAAAAAGCGCUCUAGGAAAUUCAAUACUAGGAAAAUAUGUAUUUGAAAGUAAGAUUUCACCAGAAGCCGUUACAAAUAAGAUACUUAAAGAAUCAACGGAACGAGACGGCAUACAUAUUACAGUUGUAGAUACUCCAGGAUUUAUGUCCCCUGACCUCAAGAGAGAGGAGACUAUGGUUCAAGCAUGUAAGGACAUGAAAGAUGCAAUGCGUGUGUGCCCAUCCAAUGGUAAACUCGCUGUAAUAUUUGUUAUAAAAUUCGGCGAACGAUUCACAAACGAAAACAAGGACACUUUGUAUAUUCUGGAAAAUACUUUUGGUAAAAACAAUAUCUGGAAGUCUUGCAUGAUUGUGAUGACCUUCGGUGAUCUCUAUGAUCGUGCUUUUGGAAACAAGUAUUUUUACGAGUAUCUCAAAGAACAAACUGGAGAAUACGGAGAGUUGUUUAAAAAAUGUAAUUAUAAGUGCGCCCUUUUUAGUAACGAAACACAAAAAAAUGAGGAGAAAAGUAAACAGCUUAAAACGUUGUUAAAUUGCGUGAGUAAUCUGGACCAAAGUUACACGCACAUUAAAUUUCAACAAGCUAUUAAAGAGCAAAAUCGCAUUGAACUAGAAGCCAUCUUACCAAAACUAAGAGAAGACUUUCAAAAGAAUAUUCAACAGUUAACUUGCAAAAUAAAUGACAUAAAAUUUUUUCCAGAACCAUCGGACGGAUUAAAGGAAGUUGAAGUUGUUGUUCGUGAUAAAUUAAAUUAUGCAAAUGAGCUGGAUUCACCAGAAGCAAUUUAUUACGCAGACAACGAAACACGUCUUUUAGAAGACAUAAGGCUUUCUUUUUUUAAUUUGGAACAUUUGAUAGAAACAAAGAAAGAAGAUUUUCGACACAUGAAGAUAGAUCAUGAUUUUCGGAUAGAAAUCGAAGAGAUCAAAGAGUUUAUAACGACGACUGACCCAACGAAUAAAGACAUAUUUGAAUGUGUGAAACUCAUAGAAGAAAAAAUAAGAGAUAAAACUUUAAUUAUAAAGAAAUAUCAUUUGAGAACUGAAUUUGUAGAUAGUCUAAAUAAAUAUAUCACUAGCGCCAGACAAGAACUAGAGAAUCUUAAACUGAGAGCACAACAAGCAGAAGAAGAAGAAAUAACCAAGAAGAGAGACGAUAUAGACACGUGUUUAAAAAAUAUUAACUCUCAUGAUAAAGAGGCUACUGGGCACCUAAAUAAGCUAAAACAGGAAACGAACACUUUAAUAGGGCGUCUAGAAAAAAAAAACUUGCUUAUAAAAAAACAAACAGCAAAAUGCAUUAAAUCAUCACUGAAAAGAAUCCUACACGAUAUAAAAAACAAAGAGGAAAUAGUAAGACAAUGCAAAAUUACAGAUAGUUUAAAAAUAACAAUUACAAAAAUUAAACAAGAUAUAAUUAAUAAUGAUCCUAUAAAUGAUGGGACCGAUAGCUUUAUUUCUGAUGUUGAUCAAACAUUGCAAUCUCUGGAGAAAUCGGUAAAAAAAGCAGAUUUGAGCAAAGAAUUCAAAGAGCCCCUCAAGCUGUCAAUAAUUAAGGCUCAAAGCCAUCUUCAAACUUUAAAAAAGCAAGUUCAGGAAAGAAAAGAAACGGAGAUAAAAACCCUUUUAAAAAGUAUUACUGAAAGAGUCCACAAUACCGAUUGUCAAGAUAAAGAAACUUUAAACAUUUUACAUCAAGCUCGUGAAGACAGCAACUCAUUAAUGUAUAAACUAAAUCAAGAUAGAAAUACAAUAAAUGAUGACCUCUUUGAAACGGCAACAAAACAAUUAAAUCAAAUUGAAAAAGAAAUGGAAAUAAAAAAACAAACAACAACACAGACCAUACAUACAGACCAAAUGAUGAUAAAAGUUAAUGACGUCAUAAAAGCGAUUGACCAAAUAAAUCUAGGUGAUCAAAACAUGACUGAAACUAUUUUCAAACUUGAAACAGAAGUGUUACAGUUACAGAAGGAAGCAAACGAAAGCAAUGUUGGUGACACGUUUUUACAUCGUCUAAAAGAUGCAGUUCGAACUUGUCAGGAAUUUAUGCUUAAUGCUACUGCCUUGAUUGAAAAGAUAAGAAAGGAAAAAUUGGAAUUUGAAUUUGAAAAAAUAAAAGAAAAAUUAUGUCAGCUUGAUUUUGGAAGCGGAUCGUGUGAGCAAGGAAUGAAAAAAAUUAAAGCACAUCUAAAACAGCUUAAAUACAAAAUUGAACAAGAAGAAUUAAAGGAAGAUGUAAAAGAAUAUUUAAUUUUAGCAGUCAAAUCAAUGAAAUUAGUCAUCAAUGUUAAAAAUGAAGACGCAACGCAAAGAACCACAGCCAUAAAUAUCAUGAAAGAAAUUCAAUUUAUAACGAUCCGAAUUGAUGAAAUUUCAUCUAACAAGGAAAAUAUACUUGCUACAUAUACGGAAUUUGAGGUGGAAGUGCUUGAAUCUAAAAAAAACAUAGCUGAAGCGGAUUUAAGGGAUGCGAUAAAAAAUGAGUUAUUUUCAGCUCUUGAAAGUGCUGAGAAGAUUCUUAAUAAGCGUAAGCAAGAUACGAUCAAAACGAUUGAUUUGGAUAUUGAGAGCAUUUUAAAUAGUAUUAUUAGAGCAAAUCCAGAUGAUGUAGACAUAACUACGGCACAAUAUAUUAUAAAGGAGAAAUUAAGGUUGUUAAAACUAAGAAUUGGUGACGAUUUCACAGAGAAAUAUGAAGUUUGUGAAAAUUGCUUUAGAAAGUUAAUUUUACGAGUUGAAACGUUUAAUCAAAUAAUGGCAGAUAUUGAUUCACUUAUUUCUAAUAUAAAAAACUUAGUCAUCCCAUGCAGACCGUCUGAUUUCAAUGGCCUCGAAGGAGAUGUUCAAAAUAUAACAAAGGAUAUUCGCAAGAAAAUAAAAUUUGAAAUUGAUUUUGUGAAAGUUUCGGAGCGAAUGAAACGCUGUGUUAAAGCAAUUGAAAAUAAAUCAAAACAUAAUAAAUUGAAAAUAGCUGAUAGAGCAUUCCGUUCCGUUCCUAUAAUUGGAACAAUAAUCGGACAUUAUGGUUUUACAGCUUAUCUUGAUGCCCAUGAAAGAAAACAGUCGACAAUUUUAUAAAAAAAAUAAAUGUUUUUUUUGUUUAAUUUUAUAAAUUUUAUAACAAUUAUGUAUAAAACAAAAGUUCAGAACAAAACCCUGCACCUAUCUGUGUUUCUGCUUUGUUAUAGAUUUAUAUCUAUCUGUAUUUUAAAUCUCAAAUGCCAUCCUAGUGCAUGCAAUUAAUGCCAUAAUCGGUUUCAAAGUAAUUAUCAAAACAUUUUCAUUUUUUUUAAAUAGGAAAAUAGUAUUUGCCAUGUUUUUCACAGAAGAUAAAUAAGUAUCGGCCACUGAUAAUUU